AUGACAAAUUAUCAGAAAGAUUUCCAGGAACGUCUUGUGAAUAAAACAUUGGAAGAACACCUUGCAGAGAAUGCUACCGGAGGCUGGAAGGGAAAGCUUAAUAAUCUGUGUAUUCAACUUAAGAAGAACUGCAACCAUCCUGACCUUCUUGAGGGGCCUUUAAGUGGUUCAUUAACCUAUCCUCCUGUUGAGAAGAUUGUUGAACAGUGUGGUAAAUUCCGCUUAUUGGAGAGAUUGCUGGUUCGGUUGUUUGCCAAAAACCACAGAGUCCUAAUCUUCAGCCAGUGGACAAAACUUUUGGACAUUAUGGAUUAUUACUUCAGUGAGAAGGGUUUUGAGGUUUGUAGAAUUGAUGGGAGUGUGAAACUGGAUGAAAGGAGAAGACAGGUUGGAUUCUCCUGUUCUUAUGCAGCUUUUGCAUUUGAGCAAUAUUCUUACCAAAUGAUAACCACAAGGUCUUUCUCUCUCAUGAUACAGAUCGAUGAUUUCAGUGAUGAGAAGAGCAACUGUAAGAUAUUUCUUCUCAGUACCAGAGCUGGAGGACUCGGAAUCAAUCUUACUGCUGCUGAUACAUGUAUACUUUACGACAGCGAUUGGAACCCUCAAAUGGACUUGCAAGCCAUGGACAGAUGCCACAGGAUUGGUCAGACGAAGCCUGUUCAUGUUUACAGGCUUGCAACGGCUCAGUCAAUAGAGUGCCGAAUUCUGAAAAGAGCAUUUAGCAAGCUUAAGCUGGAACAUGUGGUUAUUGGCAAAGGGCAGUUUCAUCAAGCACGUGUCAUGUCUUCAGAACCACUAGAGGACGAGGAGGAUGUACUGGCAUUGCUUAACGAGGUUGACACUGCUGAAGAUAAACUGAUACAAACCGAUAUAAGCGAUGAGGACCUUGACCACUUGCUUGAUCGGAGUGACCUGACUAUUACUAAACCGGGAGAUAAGGAAGUUGGUGAAGCUUUUCCAGUGAAGGGUCCUGGUUGGGAAGUUGUCGUACCCAAUUCGGCUGGAGGGAUGCUUUCUUCCCUUGACAGUUAG